GGAGGUUGGGGCUGUUACCCGCGGCGGGGGGCGCCCGCUAUUGCGCAGGCGCCUCAGGAAGAUCUCCGCCUCGCGCAGAGAUCUGGUCGGCCUCGUCCCCAGGGCCCACGAGCGCGGGGUUCCGCCAGUGCUGAGUUCCGCGCGCCGGCUGCAGCGGGAACCCUGAUUGCUCUCCUUCAACACAUUCAUUAUGAAGUUAUUAGUAAUACUUUUAUUUUCUGGACUUAUAACUGGUUGUGGAGGUAACUCUUCCCGUAGCCUGCCAUCCAAGCUGCUGCUGGUGUCCUUUGAUGGUUUCAGAGCUGACUAUCUAAAGAACUAUGAAUUUCCUCAUCUCCAGAAUUUUAUCAAAGAAGGAGUCCUGGUAGAGCAUGUUAAAAAUGUUUUUAUCACAAAAACAUUUCCAAACCACUACAGCAUUGUGACGGGCUUGUAUGAAGAAAGUCAUGGCAUCGUGGCUAAUUCCAUGUAUGAUGUAAUCACAAAGAAACAUUUUUCUGACUUUGAUGACAAGGAUCCUUUUUGGUGGAAUGAGGCGGUACCUAUUUGGGUGACCAAUCAGCUUCAGGAAAACAGAUCAAGUGCUGCCGCUAUGUGGCCUGGUACUGAUGUACCCAUUCACAAUACCACACCUUCCUAUUUUAUGAAUUAUAGCUCUUCAGUGUCAUUUGAGGAGAGACUAAAUAAUAUUACCAUGUGGCUGAUGAAUUCGAACCCACCAGUUACCUUUGCAACACUCUACUGGGAAGAACCAGAUGCAAGUGGCCACAAAUAUGGACCUGAAGAUAAAGAAAACAUGUACAGAGUGUUGAAAGAAGUAGAUGACCUUAUUGGUGAGCUAGUCCACAAACUCAAGGUGCUAGGAUUGUGGGAAAAUCUCAAUGUGAUCAUUACCAGUGAUCAUGGGAUGACCCAGUGCUCUAAGGACAAACUGAUAAACCUGGAUCUCUGCAUUGAUCGCUCAAGCUACACUCUUGUAGAUCUGACUCCAGUUGCUGCUGUCCUUCCCCAAAUAAAUACAACAGAGGUUUAUAACAAACUGAAAGUCUGUAACCCUCACAUGAAUGUUUAUCUCAAAGAAGACAUUCCUGCCAGAUUUCAUUACCAACAUAAUGAUCGAAUUCAGCCUAUUAUUUUGGUUGCUGAUGAAGGCUGGACAAUUGUAUUAAAUAAAUCAUUACCAAAAUUAGGUGACCAUGGUUAUGACAAUUCUUUGUCGAGUAUGCAUCCGUUUCUAGCUGCCCACGGUCCAGCGUUUCACAAAGGCUACAAACACAGCACAAUUAACAGUGUGGAUAUUUAUCCAAUGAUGUGCCACAUCCUGGGAUUAAAACCACAUCCCAAUAACGGAACCUUUGGUCAUACUAAGUGUUUGUUAGUUGACCAAUGGUGCAUUAAUCUCCCGGAAGCCAUUGGAAUUGUGAUCGGUGCGCUCUUGGUCCUAACCACGCUAACAUGCCUGAUUAUAAUCAUGCAGAAUAGACUGUCUGUACCCCGUCCAUUUUCCCGACUUCAGCUGCAAGAGGAUGACGACGAUCCUUUAAUUGAGUAGCAUGUGCUGGAGUUUAUAGAGUGUCUUUGAUCAGUCACGAUACUGAGGACACACUCAAGAAUGGUAUUCUAACAAUGAAAAAUACACCUUGAGAGACAAAGAACUUAGACCAAGCAUGCUAGAAUUAUUUUGUUUUUCCUUGUGCUUUGUUUUACUGCAUCAGCUAAUACAUAAAACCCUGACCAUAGCAAAAAUUGCUAGUAAAUCAGUAAGUAGUUAACACCAACUAUUUCUCCAACUAGAAACUUUUUGUAAGAAAAAUAAUGCCUCUGCUUUUUUCUUUUGCAAUGAAGAUUUGACACAUUUUUAAAUAAAAAUACAUCAAAAUUUAGUAGGCAUGCUUUUCUAAUAAAUUUUUAUAUUUGUAACUGAAAUAACAGAAAUCUUUAUGCAAUUAGUGGAUUUUGUGUAUCAGGAAGGGAAAGUUUUCUAUAUUUUUAUAUUUAAUAAUUUUAACAGAGUUUGUAUCCCAGGUAAACCUAUGACAUUGGAAGACCUCUGUGAAGGUUAAUAAAAUUGGUUAAGCAGGCAGAACAGAUCUAGCAUAUGAAGAAAUUAUUUUAAGAAAAGCUAUUAUAAGAAAAACAACAAAGACCAUGUGAUACAAAGCUUGAGUCUUUACCAUUGUCUUUGUUAAGAUUCCUAAGCUGUUGAAGCCAGGAAAGAUAUCUUUCGAAGACUGUUGCUAUAAGAAAUUAAGAAAAUGGAAAGAAUUACUUUUCUCUGUCUGUGCUUAAUGCUGUUGUGUAAGUUAUUCUUGUGUGUAUAAGUGUGUUUGCAUGUAUGAAUGUGUAGACUUCCUGUGACUGACCGAAGCGGUCAGAGCAGCUGGUCUGUGGGCUGACUUCCACAUUCCCACGGAACGUGGCUCUCAGCAAAGGGUAUAUUUGCACUUCAUAUUUGUUUACUUUCUUAUGACUCACAAGCUAAAGUCAUAACUUAAGAAAGUUCCUUAGUUUUUGCCACCAUGUUUUACUUUCUCAUGUUGUUUAUUGUAGCCAGAGGUAUCCAAGCGCUGU